CGAAGAUGGAGAAAUCGUAGAACGUAAGGAAGACGGAUUACCAAACCCCGAUCGGCAUGUAUCGUCGAAAUAGCACCAAAACUCGCCAUCUUGACCGUCACAAAUCGACAUCCUCCGCGAAAAGCGUCCACUUGGAACAUAUUCACCCCGAAACGGCCGAGCGUGAUGCCCAGGCUGCUGCCGCGCAAGCCUUUGCGAUGGCCAAGGAACGCUCUGCUGCAGAGGGAACUUUAUGGCCGCCACCCCGGAACAAUGAUCUGAGCGGAACUGGUGUUUCGAACGGUACCCCAAGUCGAUGUAACAAUCAUCCGGCCCUCAGACGCCAGCAAAGUGUUCGUUUUGUGCGCGGGGGAGUCCUACAAAGUACACCGAAGCAUAUGGUGGUCGAAGACGCGACACUGGCUUGUAACGUUGGUACUACGACUCCCAAAGUUUCUAUAAGUAGUAUCGAAUCUCGACCGACAAGUAAUGCUUCCGCAUCAGGAAUGGCAUUUGCAGCUAAAGGUGCAGCAGGCGACUAUAUCAAUGCACUCUUUACCGGCGAGGAGUAUUAUACACCCGAGGAUGACAUCGCAUCUGCCCCCUCAUCAUACCGGAAGAUUCGCAAGUCCAGGUCGAUGUUCACCACAUCGGAAGCCAGUAUGACCUCUCGGGACUACGCUCAGGCCCCAGCUUCAUCAACGAUGGAUCAACUUCCAAUGCCCUCCACUAACUCACCCCAAUCAGUUACGGUUAAUACUACGCCAGCUGCAGGCCUUAAGGCACCGAAGUCUAUGUCUUUCCUAAGGGGUCGUCGUGAACAGUCAUUGCUAUUUUCCAAGCGUCGCGGGAGCGUCCCUAUCAGAUUAUCCAGUGGUGAAGGUACCGGAACCACAAAUAAUAAGGAGAAGCCCAUUAAAUCGCAACCGUCGACUUUCCUUCGCCCCAACGCCGACAAGAUACUCAGGAGGAGCAUGAGGGAUAGCAGUAACGAUACUCUUCAUUUGGACAUAAAAGUACCCAAAAAUGGAAGCUUGAGAAAUCGAGCUCGAAAGGUUUCGCUUAACUUCAAACAUAAGCUGAAAAAUCUAUUCGGAUUGGGCAAAGGGGAUACUGAUGAAGAAGCCUUCCCCCCUCAACAAAUUGAAGCCUCGAAGUCGCACAUCACAGACCUAGAUGUUCCUGAUUACAUGAACGACGACGGGCUCCGACUUGAGCCUAUGUAUGACCAAGCUGCCCUAUCUCGUGUUACCUCCGGCAUUCCAUCCUUACAUGCCGUCCCUUCGCAUCAACAACUACGCUCGCGGCAAGGUAGCCUCGAAAGCCUGAGAAGCGAUUACAGAACUUCAGAUGAAAGGUCUCGGGUAACAAGCUGGUCGAAUUCGGACACUAAUACGAUCAAUACUUUGAAUAGUCGUAAAGGGGAGUGGGAUCGGCAGCGCCUAUCUGUCAUAAAGGAACAUGGGAUGCAUAUCUCUUCAUCGUCGGCGAGACCGCAUGAUAUUACUGCCCGCGCCAUGAACAUAAACACCAGUGCUUGCUCCUUGCCACCGCCGAAGCCACCACAGCCAGCUACAGUAAACAGCCAAAGAAUCUACUCGGCUCUAAUGAAGAGGCUUAACGAAACGAAUAAGGAGUUGCAGAGACAAAGGAGUGUUGAUGAUUUUAUCAAUACAGGUACUGUGCCCACGAGAGGUAGCUCCCGUAAUCACCGCGGACGAGGACCUAACUCUCCGGCGACUAUUCGACACGUCAUCCCCGACGAGGUGUCUGAUUCAUCGUCGGUCAGGACCACUGAAAGGAAGCCAGCUACACGCUUUAGAGGAGUUAGGUCCCCCUCAGGUUCCAAUGUCGAAUUGGUUUCUGAAGGACGAGGAAUUGCAACGUCCGUGUCAGCACCUACUGUUAAUGGAUCCGGCGAACCUGCGGAUGAAGGCAAUAAAUUGUCGUCUACACCACGUGUCGAAGAGCCCAUACCUUCAGCUAGAACAUUGUCGACUCGUAGUUCGGCUUUCUUUGCGAGCCCGACAUGUCACCUAUUCCGUACUCAGAGCCCGUAUAGACGCGCACUUCAGGAUUCGAUGAAAGCAGAAUCGCAAGAUACUCGGUUAAGGUCCCCUAAGUAUAACCCCUGGAUGCGUUCGUUGACGAACCUGCCUAUUCGAUGUCCAAGCACUUGCGAGUCUGAGGUUGAUAAGAAAAUGCACUACGCUGAAAGCAUAUACUCAAGUACAACGGAAGAACCAUUCAACGGGUUCUCAAUCGAUGCUUCAGUCACAGUAGAUAACUUCCCGAAACCACCAAGCGUUCAUGGAGAUGCCACUAUAUUUGUGACUCCUCCUGUUUACCGGCCCACUCCGCCCCCUAUACCUAUACAGAGAGUUACUUCUACUACCAGCUCCGUGGAAUGGAAAACUUGGCUAUCUGCUAAUGUUUCGAAACUGGAGGGUACAUCCGCACACGCAGACACGGGCAUUCUUGAGUAUACCAUACCAUCAACGCGGCCGUCGGGUCAUGUCCGUGAAAAAGCCCAGAUUAAUGAUGACGAUGAGCAGCCAAUAGAAGUAUACAAACCUACAAGACCAGAUAGCGCAUUAGCAACAAUCGAGCACAACACACGAGGAUCCCCAAAUAUUCUACGGCCCGUUCUGAAGACUUCGUCACCUGCUCCUCCACGCGACAAAGAGAAUGAAGUUCCCGAAAGGCCUGAGGUCUCACCUGGAGGCGUACUACGGGCUACGCCGUCAUUAUCAAGUAUGAAGUCUUUCCAGGAAGCGAAGGCGUCAACAGAACCGACAAAGAAAGGAGUAUUUGACUCCAUUGGUCGGAAAUCUCAAAUAAAUAAGCCGUCACUUAACACACUUGGAGGCAAUCCAACAUCGACCAGGAAGCUCGUCAGGAAACAGCCGGGACUUAGGAACUAUGUCACGCCAACAUCGAGUCCGGGACCCAAGGCGGUAGCCGAUAAGCAAUCCGCACGUGCUGGUGGUUCAGCUAGCUCUGGAUACAAAUUCGGUGCGGGUGCAUCUCAAAAGACCGAGAACGUGAGCCCGAUAAUUGGGCUCGAUGCUGAUAGGGACCCUUACGAUACUCAAGGUUCGGGUAUUCUCGGCCCAGAAAGUGCUCUUACGUCGCAGUCUAUGGGGAGCAAGAGGAUGGUUGACCUCUUUCUGAGCAGCAGGCGCAGGCGUAUUGCAAGUGGUGAGGAUGGUGGUGUGUUCAUGUGAUUAUGACAAUUUCUCAUAAGGGUCCGACACACUGCAUUGGAUCGGUUUUAAUAGGAGAUGAUAAUUGAAUAUUGG